AGAUGGAUUAUACUCUAUACUAUUUUACUUGAUCUUAACUGAUAACUUGUAUUGAAGAAGAAGACGAAGAAGAAGAAGAAGAUAGAUACAUUGUACUACUGCUGCUACUGCCAUCAUACUCAUAUACAUAUUCACCACUUUGCAUUUCCUAUUCCACCAGUUCACUUCAUAUAAUCUAAUUUACAUAUAUUUCUAAGAUGAGAGUUUAUCAAUGUCAUUUCUGUUCUGCUCCAGUAUAUCCUUUACAUGGUAUAAUGUUUGUUAGAAACGAUGCUAAGGAAUUCAGAUUCUGUCGUUCCAAAUGUCAUAAAUCAUUCAAACAAAGACGUAAUCCAAGAAAAUUAAGAUGGACUAAAGCGUUUAGAAAAGCUGCUGGUAAAGAAUUAGUAGUUGAUUCAACUUUAACUUUUGCUGCUAGAAGAAACGUUCCUGUUAGAUAUAAUAGAGAUUUAGUGGCUACUACCCUUAAAGCCAUGUCUAGAAUAGAAGAAAUUAGACAAAAGAGAGAAAGAGCCUUCUAUAAGAAUAGAAUGAGAGGUAAUAAAGAUAAAGAUUUAGCUUAUGAUAGAAAAUUAAUUGAACAACAUCCUGAAUUAUUAAGAAUGAGAGAAGUUGAAUUAAGAAGAAAGGCUGAAAGAUUAGCUGCUAAAGAAAACGCCAUGGAAGAAGAAGAAGAAAUUACUUCUGAUGAUAUGAUGAGUGAAGAUGAAGAUAUGGAAUCUGAAUCUGAAGCUGAACAAGUUAAACAAAAGGUAUUGUUAAAAAACAAAAGAAAGACUAGAGCUUAAUCAUCAUCGUUUAGUUUAACCCCCAUUUUUUGUAUAAUAGUUUAAAAAAAAGUUAAUAUAUAUUAAUAACAUUGAGA